CUCGAGCCUUGGGCGGGAUUUCCGCUGUUAUUCGAAAUCCGGAAGUGUUUUGAAAGAUUGUAGCAGCUUGACACAGCGAGCGCGCGUUUGCGGUGCGUUCGCUUCUGUUUGUGUGUCGCGCGGAGGAUGAGAGCGCGGGAAGGAGGCGCCGAGGGCCGCGUGAGCUGAGUCACCGUGAAUCAUCUAUAUGGGCCAUUUUCUCUCAAGAAAUGGUGACGGCCUGAAGAAGAAAUCACGGAAGCUGCGCAAGAAGAAGAAAAGGAGGAACUGCUUCCUUCAGGGUCCCUGCAUGCUGUGCUUCCUCGGGAGCGUCGAGGACGACUGGCCCUUCGAGAGCGCGGCGGUGUCCAAACUCGUCUCGCUGAACUCGCCCGAGGAGUGCGCCAGGUUCCUCCUCUCUCCGGGAGAGCGGGCCGUUUGGGAGGCUCAGGGUCGCAGUCUGCUCUCCAAGCUGAUCGGGCCCCCGGCGCGCUUCUGUGCCGCGGACGAUUCGGAAAUGGUGUGCAAGCGUAAGUGUGCAGAGCUGCAGCGGUGUACGCCCCGCAAACAGCCUCGCUGUGCCUUCCAGGAGGACAUGGAGAACGGAGAGGAGCGAGGAGACCGCCGCUGCCUCCUUCCUUCACUGCCUUCAUCCUCCUCCUCUUCCUCUCCUUCGGAGGAGGACGGCUCCGGCGCGGGACGGCACACAGAUGCAGGCAGCGCCUCGACUUCUUCCUCCUCCUGCUGCUGUCAGUCGUCUCGAAACGAGAGCUCGGAGGAGACGAAGAGCGCUGAAAACACAGACAUCAACCAGCUGCCGUCCUCUAUACUGCUCAAGGUGUUUUCUCACCUGUCGGUGAAGGAGAGAUGUCUGGGUGCGUCUCUGGUCUGUAAAUACUGGCGCGAUCUCUGCUUAGACUUCCAGUUCUGGAAACAGAUCGACCUCAGCGGCCUCCAGCAGGUUACAGAUGAUCUCCUGGUGAAGAUCGCGUCCCGGAGGCAGAACGUGACUGAGAUCAACAUCUCCGACUGUCGUAACGUUCAGGACCACGGCGUUUGCUCUCUGGCGUCCAGCUGUCCCGGUCUGAUCAAAUACACGGCGUACCGCUGUAAGCAGCUCAGCGAUGUGUCUCUGUGCACCGUGGCCAUCCACUGCCCGCUGCUGCAGAAAGUGCACGCCGGGAACCAGGACAAACUCACUGACCACGCUCUCAGACUGUUGGGGGAACACUGUAAAGAGCUGAAGGAUGUUCAUUUCGGCCAGUGCUACAGCAUCAGUGACGAGGGUCUGGUGGCGCUGGCGCAGGGAUGCAGCAAACUACAGAGGAUCUACAUGCAGGAGAACAAACUGGUGACUGAUAAGUCGGUGCAGGCGUUUGCAGAGAACUGUCCAGAUCUGCAGUUUGUGGGCUUCAUGGGCUGCUCUGUGACGUCUCAGGGCGUAAUUCACCUCACCCGGCUGCAGCACCUGAGCAGUCUGGACCUGCGGCACAUCUCUGAGCUCAACAAUGAGACGGUGAUGGAGGUGGUGAGAAAGUGCAGGAACCUAACCUCCCUCAACCUCUGCCUCAACUGGACCAUCAACGACAGGUGUGUGGAGAUCAUCGCUAAAGAGGGGCGGAGCCUGAAGGAGCUCUAUCUGGUGUCCUGCAAGAUCACCGAUCACGCUCUGAUCUCCAUCGGUCAGUACAGCAGCACCAUUGAGACGGUGGAUGCCGGCUGGUGUAAGGAGAUCACUGAUCAGGGAGCCACUCAGAUCGCCAGGAGCAGCAAGUCUCUGCGGUACCUGGGUCUGAUGCGCUGUGACAAGGUGAACGAGGAGACGGUGGAGAGACUGGUGGUUCAGUAUCCACACAUUGUGUUCAGUACAGUGAUGCAGGACUGUAAGCGCACGCUGGAACGAGCCUAUCAGAUGGGCUGGAGCCCCAACACAUCCACGGCCUCCUAACACACACACACACACACACACAGCACCGCAGAGUCAUUAUCAUCACGAUGCCCUUUAUUCCGCCUUCCAACGAUUAUGCAGCAGAAACAUCGAUAUCAUUUGAUUUGAACACAAAUAUGUUGAUGCACACUUGAGAUGCAGCGCUGCAUUUAUUUGCAUCUGCAACCUACUGAGUCACACUAAACCCAUCAGGAGCUUGCUCUAAAAACCGGAGAAAGAAAUAAGACAUUUUGCAUUUUGAAUGAGGAGAAAAAGUUUUUUCGGACCACAGGAUUUUUGCAUGGGGACAUUUCCCUGCAGCUCUCAUUAUCGUGAAUCAUCUGGACAUGUGUCUUUUCUGAUUUGUUUGUGAUUCUCAUUAUCAUCAGAUGGGAUUUUCAUUGCAUUCUCGUUAUUGAAACACGCUCAUUUUACUACAGUGCAAGGGAAGGUUCGGCAAAUAAAAACUAAAUACAGUACGCAUGAUGUGGAAAUGUUUCAGAUUACGUCGAUUUAUUACUAGAGUUUUUUACUCCGUAUUUUUGUCUUGCUUCACAGUUCUUAAGAGAAAUUACUUUAAAAAAAUUCUGGGAAAAAAAUUAAUGCAUAGUUUAAAACAAGAAAAUAUAUCUAGCACUAAAAAAAAAAUAAUAAUAAUUAUAAUAAAAAAUAAAGGCGUUUUAUUUUUCCAGACCCCACUUGCAGUUUUUUUUUUUUUUUUUUUUCGUUUUAAGCAUAAAGUCGCUUAAUUUUUACAUUUUUUAGUUUUUUUCAAACAGUGUACUUGAUCUUUUUUGGUAAUUAUAUCUUGAUUUAGUAAUGUUCAAAUAUUUGAAGAAAAAAAGAAACAAGAAUAGCAAGACGUUUUUGCAUUGCAAGAAUGAAACGUUGAGGAUAAAUGUGCAUUUAAUUAAUAGUAACAAUAAUGUUGCAAUGAAAAAAAAAUGUUCAAAAUAAUGUCUUCUUUCUUUCUAGUUAGUGUGUGUGACUGUGACUCCUGUCAUGUGUGUUCCUGACUGGUUUGGUGCGGUUCUCCUCUUCAGACUGGAGUUCCUCUCUCAUGAGGAGUUUGACGGCGUGAUGUUGAAGCUCUGAUCUAGAUGUAGACGUUUCUCUUGUGAAUCUGUAAUCUUGUGGUCUGGAGUCUGUAAACUGAUAUACAGUAUGAGGUGGUUUGGUUUUUCCAGGUAUAUCCAGCAUAUGGAUUGUUUUUGCAUAACCUAUGAAUAUUUAAGGAUGUAGUGUCCUGCAGUGUGUGUGAGAUUCGGUGGAGAGGUUAGUUAGCUGGUUAGUUCACUCAUCUAGCCGUCCUAGAGUAUUUUUAUACUGUCUUAGGAGGAAGAGUUUAGUUACAGUCUUGAUCUUUUACUGUACUCUGGGGAUUUGAGUCAAUUAAAAACUAUUCUAUUUCA